AUGCACAGCAAAAACUUGCUUGACAUUGUGGAGAAAACAUUUGGACGUCGCUGCUGCUACUUGACUGUCAUCUGUUUCAUUUUUUGAUUUCUUUUAUUCUGCCCUGCGAGCCGCGCUGCAACACAUUCUGCCCGUCAUCUUGUCUACUCGCAAAAAAAAAAAAGCAAGCAGAUUUCUGCUGAUGCAGUGAUGUCUAGAAAUGUCAAGGGCUCGCUUAUUGCCCCUUAAUGUAUCUCCCCCUCCUGAAUUGCAGCGCAAGAUUUUCUCCUGCGGUAUACUGUAAGCUGUUCACACCACCGUGCCGCCGCGCCAGCAGCUCCCGACGCUGCAGCUCUGCCUUUCUCUCUUUUCGCUCCUUUUUCCAUCUCAGGCUUUCCUCAUUAGACUCUCCUGAUUUUCAUCUCGUUUCUAAAGAUUUGAGGACACUUUGCGACGGACACAGUUAGGAUGGCGAUGAGCACAGUGAGGCUCUUUUUGGUGGUAGGUGCAAUGUAAAGUUACCACAUGACACCCACUGCUGCCCUGUCGUUGGAUGAUUUUACUCGAGGAUAAGACGCAUUCAAGACCUUUCAAGAUCAGCCCACGAGGCAGCAGUAACAACAGCAGCAGAUGCACUGGAGAGCAGCAAUGGUCAAGUCAGCGAGAACCGCAGUGGAGCCGCACUGAGGCAAAGCAGCCAACCAGCCCCCUUGUAUCUGGGGACGUCUCCAACAAUUUAAGGGGUGUGGGAAGCUGAGGAGUGGAAAAAUUUGCCCCGAACCUGAAUGCCUGCUAAGUUAGACUAACCGGGAUCCCAACACAACUCCUCCCCCCUCCACCUCCACCUCCUCCUCCUUCCCAAAAUGACCGUGGUAGCAGGAGAUAACAUGGACGACACCUCGGCUGUCCCAGGCCACCCUCAGGACACCUACCCCCCUGACCACAACGACCACGAAUGCUGCGAGAGGGUGGUCAUCAACAUAGCCGGUCUCCGGUUUGAGACGCAGUUGAAAACUCUCUCCCAGUUUCCAGAGACGUUGCUUGGCAACCCCAAAAAGCGGAUGCGGUACUUUGACCCUCUGAGAAAUGAGUACUUCUUCGACAGGAACCGCCCCAGCUUUGACGCCAUCCUCUAUUACUACCAGAGUGGGGGUCGACUGAGAAGACCAGUAAAUGUCCCUUUGGAUAUGUUCUCAGAAGAGAUCAAAUUUUAUGAGCUGGGAGUGGAUGCCAUGGAGAAGUUUCGUGAGGAUGAGGGUUUCAUCAGGGAGGAAGAGCGUCCUUUACCUGAGAAGGAGUUCCAGCGUCAGAUAUGGCUCCUGUUUGAGCACCCGGAAAGCUCAGGCACUGCGAGAGGGAUCGCCAUAGUGUCUGUGAUGGUAAUCCUGAUUUCAAUAGUCAUAUUUUGUUUAGAGACUUUACCACAGCUGAAAGAGGACCCAAGGGGUCGAAUGGUGACAGUUGGUAACACUACUGUUUAUUAUAAGCCAAAUAUCCUCACUGACCCCUUCUUCGUCAUUGAGACUCUCUGUAUAAUCUGGUUCUCCUUUGAGUUGAUUGUACGCUUUCUGGCGUGCCCGAGCAAACCGGCCUUCUUCAAGAACAUGAUGAACAUGAUUGACAUAGUGGCUAUCAUCCCCUACUUCAUCACACUCGGCACCGAGCUGGCCGAAGACCCAGAAAAGGAGGGAGUGGGGGAGCAGGCAACAUCUCUGGCCAUCCUCAGGGUGAUCCGUCUGGUCAGGGUGUUUAGGAUCUUCAAGCUGUCACGACACUCCAAAGGACUGCAGAUUUUGGGGCAGACCCUCAAGGCCAGCAUGCGAGAGCUGGGAUUGCUGAUCUUCUUUCUGUUCAUUGGAGUCAUCUUGUUCUCCAGCGCUGUCUACUUUGCUGAGGCAGAGGAGCAAGAUUCCUACUUUGGCAGCAUCCCAGAUGCAUUCUGGUGGGCUGUUGUGUCUAUGACAACUGUGGGCUAUGGGGACAUGGUCCCCGUCACUAUAGGAGGCAAGAUUGUAGGAUCUCUGUGCGCCAUCGCCGGAGUGUUGACAAUUGCGCUCCCAGUGCCUGUCAUUGUGUCCAACUUCAACUACUUCUACCACAGGGAGACCGAGGGAGAAGAGCAGGCCCAGCUGCUCAACGUCAGCAACCCCAACAUCCCCUCUGAAACCAACUCCAGCCGCCGUAGUUCGUCCACCGUCAGCAAGUCAGAGUACAUGGAGAUUGAUGGAGACAUAAACAAUAGCAUCGACAACUUUAGGGAGGCAAACCUCAGAACUGGCAAUUGCACUAUAGCCAACCAAAACUGUGUAAAUAAAAGCAAGCUGCUUACAGAUGUUUAGACACUAGGUAAGAACUUUGGGAUCUCUGUGGGACUGUCAUAUGUGGAGUAGACCAUCAGUUAGGAAUGCUUCAUUUACCUCCUCAAAGCGCUCUAUGGCAUUAGGCCUACAACUACGCUCAGCUAUAUAGAAAGGAAAAUCAAAGAUCUUAGAGUAUAUGACAGGUAGAUAGAAUAAUUAAUUCUUCUGAUCCUACAAAUAUAUAGGUACAUCAAAAAGAAAACAUCAACUAUUACGCAUCUACACGGCUCCCUGGAGGACGCAGAGCACACACUGUCUAAUCAGAUGACGGCGUGAUAAUUAAAAUCUUAUGCAUGGAGUACAGAUAACAUUUCAGCAAGUUGCACAAUGCACCAGAAAAGUCUGCAGAGACAUGCAAGCACCUGCAGCCAAAGUGGUAAGCGCCAAGAAGUUAGGUGACCCCCUCCUCGCUCCCUCCUCCUCCUCUUCUCUCCUCCCUCCCUACAAAGGAUAUCUACUAUUCAGCAAAGCACCUUAUAGGAGGAAGACUGAUCUCUCUUGUUUGGAUGUAAACAGAUGGUGAUCUACUCGCUUCACGGACAUCCGCAAUGCUGCUGUUUUCCAGCAGAUGCUGUAAUUGUGAUAUCACCAAGUGAUUCAAUGCCAUGCCCUUUAGAUGCAACACAGCACAACGUUAAAGUGAGCUUCACACGAGCAUGAUUAGAGACUUUCCAUUUUGAUAUCGGCAUGCAUGAGACAUAUCUCACAUAAUGGAAAGGAUGUUCUUUUGAAUACCUGCCUCCAUCCUCCCUCCCCUCCUUGUCAUCUGUUUUCAUACGAGUGCACUGGAUGAGUUUCUUAAUUUGAAAUGCUAAUCAUUUAGAAGUAUAGAAAUUGAAUGUUAAAACUUAAGGGAACAGUACAUAAAUGAGAUCAUAGCAUGAAAAAAGUAACCUGCAUUAUGGUCUAUCGACUAAGGUACUUUUGUAUCCUGGUAUAUUUAAUGCAUGACAUGAGUAUUCAGCUUGUUGCAAUUCAGGCACUCUGCAGUGCCCUAUUGUCAGGGAAACUAAGGAAAUCAAAUUCUGGAUGUUUCUGAAUUGCGAUCAAAUAUAUCCAAACCCACCUUGAGGAUGCAGAGUUUCUAAUUAAAAGUAGUUGAAGAAACUGAAUAAAUAUUAUCAAAAAUGCAUAUAAUUAUAAUAAGCACCAAUUACAGUAUUACGUCAAUAGUGCAGUGCAUGGACCUUCUUUGAACAAGAAAAGUUAACAUAUCAUUAGUCAUGCUUCCAUUUCCAUGUCAAAUUUGAGUACAUAUUGGUUUGAAAUCCACUACGGAAAAGGACUGACACCAAAUUUCACUUCAUAUUAAGAGAGAAUUAUUCUGACAUUAGUUGCUAGUGCCUUUAUCCCUUUCACCAACAGGACCAGUGAAAGUGCCUCUGUGUACAAUGGGAUUUGCGAGGUUGAGCAGAGCUGGUUUACCUUCUGUUCUCGUGUUGAUACACUGUUGGUUAUGAUGUUAAUGAUGCCCGAUGAGCAAGGUUGAAACAGCAGGUGAUUGUGGUCAAAAAAACAAAACAAAAAAAAAAAACAAAAACAAAAGAUGAUCCAUGGCUGUUUUGCACAACCCAGUUUUCAUGCUGUCACGCACUUAAUUAUGCCCUUAAGCAGCGAUGUAUUGUACUCUGCAUGUUUACCAAUCCAAUUCAAAAGGGAAUAUCCAUAGGUUUUUAACAUAGUUUAUUUAUGUCUCGUUUCUGUUCAUGCACCGUGCAUCCUUUCAGGGUCUCUACCUCAGUGAGGUCAUUGCAAACUUGCUGCAGAGCUGCAAGCUUCAAUGCAGGGCUUCCUAUACCAUAAUGCAAAAUGGAACCUUAAGUGUAAACUGCAGUCAUGCAACAUUGAAUGUGAGAGUCCCCAAGUAUAGCCUUUACACAAGCACUUAGGACAAAUAGUGUACCACAAUCCCGCUCCUUUUGUUCACUUAAAGCUACGCACAAUCAAACAUUCAUAUGUAGAGAGUUUGUAGAGACUGCUUGGCUCUCCUAACGGGAUGAGAUUGACUGUUUUAUAUGUUGGUUUCUUUGAGACGACGGUAUCAGACGUUACUGUCGCGUCACAGAAACACACUUCAACGUGUCUGAACACACACACACGUGUAUGAGACAGUGGAGUUAUGGUUCUUAAGUCUGUCAUCUUGCGAUUUUUGGGCAUUAUGAUGCACGGCGAAGUGCAGCCCGCCUUUUUGCACAAUCAUUUUGUUCUGCUGCUUGAUUUGUUUUCUUUGUCACUGUGCUUGCUUCAAUGUGUACAAUAUGUUUCUCCGCAUAUUGUUCCAGCCAGGCUAACUGCAGACAGAUUUGGACAAAUUGUAACGACUACUUGAAAAUCUCCAGCUACUGUACAUCAAUCUACACUCAGUACUGACAUGAAUUCAAAUGAUAGUAAGACUUUGCAAUGUACUGUAUUUAUUUUAUGUUAUUUAGCUUUCUCCUGACAACUUCCUGUAAACUAAAAAAAACUCCACUGCAGUGCUACUUGAAUGUCAUACAGUUGUUUCUGUUGGUGCAAUGGCUAUCCUUUGUGGUGCUAGUACAGGACUACCAUUGUUGUCUUGUUACCAUCACACGUUAUUUCAGACAAGACGUCUCCUCAUUCUCUAGUUCCUGUUUUGUUAUCGGUGGCUGGUUGGAUAGAUUAGGGCACUGUUUGUCAUUUUAUUUGGAACUGAUCUUUGUACUGUACCGCUGAAGAGUGUCUGCCUCAGGUGAGGUAAAGAAAAAAAAAUCAAGAGCCUUGCUAGAUGUCAGUAACUCAUCAUGAGAGCAAAAAAGAUACACAUUCGUGUCAGGGAUCUUCAAUUUGUAUAGGGUUUCUCAUACAGAAGGACAUCAAUAAUACCCAGUACCAUAUAUUAUAUUACUAUAUAUAGAUACAAGGAAAUUAAAGUAGUCUCAUUAAUGCAGCUAUCAGGAAAUCGCUUUGUUCACGAGUUUCUUGUGCGACUGAUGCUUGAAAGUAGUGAUGUGUGCAACAUGUCCUGCAGGGAAGUGAGGUGAAGAAAAAUACAAAUGAUGACCCCUCACAGGAGCAGUGCUGUGAGGGCAUGUGUGGAUGGUGCUAUGCAUUUACCCAACAGAAACAUGCAUUCUUAACAGCAAUAGAAUAACAGAUAAACUGUUUCUUAGAUGCUUUUUUGUAA